AUAAGAUCAUUGUCUCCCAAGGCGUUAUUAGUUAAUGAGGUCAUUAGAGACAACAAUCUUAACGUCAUUGGUCUUAGCGAAACCUGGCUCAAACCAGACGAAUUUUUUGCGCUCAAUGAGGCAUCUCCUCCUAACUAUACGAAUGCGCAUGUUGCCCGUCCUCUUAAAAGGGGAGGGGGUGUCGCAUUAAUAUACAAUGAAAAUUUCAACCUUACCCCUAACCUAAAUAAUAAAUAUAAAUCGUUUGAGGUGCUUACUAUGAGGUCUGUCACACCGCUACCUCUCGACCUGGCUGUUAUCUACCGCCCCCCUGGGCCCUAUUCGGACUUUUUCAGUGAAUUCUCAGAGUUCGUUGCUGAUCUAGUGACGCACGCCGACAAUAUAAUCAUAAUGGGGGACUUUAAUAUCCAUAUGAAUACCCCAUCGGACCCUCAGUGCGUGGCGCUCCAAACCAUAAUUGAUAGCUGUGGUCUUACACAAAUAAUACAUGAACCCACGCAUCGCAACGGUAAUACAAUAGAUCUAGUGCUUGUCAGGGGUGUCACCACCUCCAAAGUUAUGAUACUUCCAUAUACUAAAGUAAUGUCCGAUCAUUACCUUAUAAAAUUUGAAGUUUUGACUCAUUGUCUUAUAAGGGUCCAGUUCCAGUAUCCAUCUUGCUCGGCGUCCCGUGGGAUCCUUGUCAAUGGACAUGCCACGCAGGCCCAGCAGAGGCUUGUGAUCAGUUAUGAUGCCCACACUACGGCCCACAGCUCUCUGUCAAAUGUAGACCAGCGUUUUUCUGGGGAACUGAGUGCUUGGCUAGCGUAUGACACCACACGCUCCAGUCCGUCCUGGUCCUGA